CGGCAGCGUCCGUCCCGCGUGGGCUUCCCCGUCCCGGCCCCGUCAGUCUGGAGCCACCUUCCUUCCCGCGCGGCCGCCGUGAGCCCCCGCCUGUUUUCCCGCGCGGGGCCGGGCGAUGUCGGCGCGGGGGUACGGGCCGGGGGUCCUCGGCCUCGGGCCCAGCCCGCUGCGCCUCCUCCUCCUCCUCCAGCUGGUCGCGGGGCGCUGGGGCCCGGCCGGCGCGGGGGUCGCGCCUGGAGGAUUGGCUGAACCAUCCUUGGUGGCAAAACACGAAGACAGUUUGUUUAAGGAUUUGUUUCAAGACUACGAAAGAUGGGUUCGUCCCGUGGAACACCUGAAUGACAAAAUAAAAAUAAAGUUUGGCCUUGCACUAUCUCAGCUAGUGGAUGUGGAUGAGAAAAAUCAGUUAAUGACAACAAACGUCUGGUUGAAGCAGGAGUGGACGGACGUGAAACUGAGAUGGCGCCCUGGUGACUACGGAGGAAUAAAAGUGAUACGCGUCCCUUCCGACUCCCUCUGGACCCCAGACAUCGUUUUGUUUGAUAAUGCCGACGGCCGUUUUGAAGGAACCAGCACGAAAGCGGUGGUCAGGUACGACGGCACAGUCACCUGGACGCCCCCCGCGAACUACAAGAGCUCCUGUACCAUAGAUGUCACGUUUUUCCCAUUUGAUGUCCAAAACUGCUCCAUGAAGUUUGGUUCCUGGACUUACGAUGGAUCACAGGUCGAUAUCAUCUUGGAGGACCAAGACGUGGACAAGAGAGACUUUUUCGACAACGGAGAAUGGGAGAUUGUCAGCGCCACCGGGAGCAGAGGGAAUAGGACGGACAGCGCCUGCUGGUACCCGUAUGUCACGUACUCGUUUGUGAUCAAGCGUCUGCCUCUCUUCUACACCUUGUUCCUCAUCAUACCCUGCAUCGGGCUCUCGUUUUUAACAGUGCUGGUCUUCUACCUCCCUUCCAACGAGGGCGAGAAGAUCUGCCUCUGCACGUCAGUCCUGGUCUCUCUGACUGUCUUCCUGCUGGUGAUCGAGGAGAUCAUACCCUCAUCUUCCAAAGUGAUCCCCCUGAUCGGAGAGUACCUGGUGUUCACCAUGAUUUUCGUGACUCUGUCCAUCAUGGUAACCGUCUUCGCCAUCAACAUCCACCACCGUUCCUCCUCGACGCACGACGCCAUGGCACCCUGGGUGCGCAAGAUCUUUCUCCACAAGCUCCCCAAGGUGCUCUGCAUGAGAAGCCACGCAGACAGGUACUUCGCCCAGGCGGGGACCGGGGGCGCGGGGAGCCCGGGGGCUCCGAGAAACACGUUGGAAGCCGCGCUUGAUUCGAUCCGCUACAUCACCAGGCACGUCAGGAAGGAGAACGACGUCCGUGAGGUCGUUGAAGAUUGGAAAUUCAUAGCGCAGGUGCUUGAUCGGAUGUUUCUGUGGACUUUUCUUCUGGUUUCAGUGGUUGGAUCUCUUGGGCUUUUCGUCCCUGUUAUUUAUAAGUGGGCAAACAUCAUAGUCCCGGUUCACAUUGGAGAUGCAAAUAAGUGAUGCUUCCCAAGGGGCCGUAGUUACCAAAGGCAUACGUAGCUGUGGACACUAUAAAGUUAGAAAAUGUAAAUUGUGCCUAAAAUUGGAUGGCAGCCUUAGCAGAGUAACAGUUGCUAACAUAGGUUUAUCUUAAUAGACUGUCCACUGGAACAUUUUACCUGCAUGACUGAAGCACUUGCUGACUCCACAUCUGGUCCAAAAAUAGCAGGAGAGUAUAUGAACUGUGCUAGUGAGAAAAUCACAUGUGGAUCAUGGCAAAUAACACCCUUUGUAAUCAAAAGUGAAGCUCAUCUUUUGAUUGUGUCAGAAAACUCCGGUUGCAUUUGGAGAUUGAUUUCAGAGCUUUUCCUGCGUUUGGUAAAGGUACACAUUUUAAGUCUCUGUCCUGUAUCCGUGGGGAGCGGCCGGCCUUCGGCGUGGGUUCUGCUGCUGUGCUCAGUAAGCGAGCUACGUGGUUUGAUCACGACUUAAUGUGAUGCUGAGUUUCUAUGACUGACAUUUUCAAAAAUGGGAAUUCCUUUAAGGCUUACUUUUUUCCUUAGCUGCUCCAACUGAACAAUUAUUGUAUUAUUUUUGUAGCUUGCUGUCCAUUACAAAAUCAUACAAUAGACAACCCCUGUGGACAUGUGCUAAUACCUCCUUAACAUUAAUUCCAAGCCCUUUGUCUACAUUUUCCACAAUUAAUCAUCUUCUGUAUAAAUUGUAGCAUUUCUGUAUUCUUCAUCUUAGAACAGUCCUCUGCAAUUAAGUGAAUCCCAGUUUUAAAACUUAAAAAAAGAAAAGUCUAUGGAUACUAUCAAAUUGUACUGUGAAGAAGCCAUCCUCCGAGAUGAAAGGUGGUUUCUAGGUGGUAGAAGCACCUCGCUACACGUGGGAUUCCGUGGUCCCAACAGUAGCAGCGCUAGAGCCUUCCGGUUGCGAGGGCCUGCAGAGGUCACAGCCUCGGCCUCUCACUGCGUCACCGUCCUCAGGACGGACGGUCCGUCCCAGGUGAAGGAGCCAGACUCUGCAUCUCGGUGGCGCGAGCCGCUGGGCCGGGGAGAGCACAGAUGAAAGCGCUGCUGCCUCUGACGCAGCUCCUAGCUCCGGAGAGAACCAGUGCCUUCUGUCUAGUGGUAGCCGUCCGGGGGCGAGCCAACGCGGGAAGGCAGAGGCGGGCCUCCUCCCUGUGUUCGAUCCCAGGCACACGCUCACGGUCAUUUCACAAGUGAUCGUUCGGUUUGAGGAGUGUGAAUGCCCGGUAGCUAUCUAUCCCUGGUGCCUCCUCAGUCCGCGGUACUGUUAUUUAAGGUUCUGUAAGGAAACACAUUUUACAGAAAUCUCCCUCUGACCUCCUGAAACACGAGUCACAGCCGCCUGCAAUUUCGUCAGUUUUAUUUCUGCAGCCAAAGCAUCAGAAUGACUGAGGGGGAGAUCGAGCUGGUCUCCGCAAAGCCCCCCUCCUCGUGGCGCCUGCUCACCCGCCGCCUGCAGCACACAAGGCUCCACGGCAGCGGUUCUCGAUCUGGCAGUUUUGCCCUCCAGGGGACACCUGGGUUUUGGAGACAUUUUUGGUUGCCCGACCGGCAGGGGACCGGAGCCGUGUCACUGGCGUCUAGUGGGCACAGGCCGGGGGGCCUGAAGGUCCCACGAUGUACAGGACAGUCCUUCGAGCGCCGCACUAUCUGGCAGAAACACCGGUGCAGCCCAGGCCGGGAACUGCUGGCCAGGGCGUUGCCGGCCGUGACUGCGACGCCAGGCCAGCUCCUCACACGCAGGACCCAGGGCCGAUGCGGGCUAGGGGCGCAGGCUCCGUGGUGGGGCGCGGCGGACCGGGGUGCUGGGGUCCCGGAGGCAGCAGGCGGGGUGUUGCUGAAAUAGUCCCGAACUUCGAGGAGAUUGCAGCUACCCAAGAAAACCCUCGGGAAACCUGUGAUACUGACCCAAACAGAGGCUCGCAUUUCUGAACAAGUUUUCCUGUUCAGUUAGGCCUCAACCACUCACUACAAACACGGAAACGGUUUUCUUAUUUAGGCCACUUUUACAUAUUCUGUAGUAGAGCAUACUACUUAACAUUGCAGAAAAACUGUAUUUUGACAUUUCUUUACCAAAAAGGCUGCUUAAAUUUUCAUUCAUCUAUAAUAAAUACGCUUGACGUUU